CGCGCGUGUUCGCUUCCGGGGUGGAGGGGCCGGCGUGUGACCCCGCCCCGCGAUGGCGCACCGGCUCUCGGCCCGCGCUGGCCGGGCAGCGGCGUGCUGGGGAGACAGCCAGCGGGGGGCCCGGGGACACGGAGGCCACGGGGGCCACGGGGGCUCCGGCGGCGGCGGUGGCGGCGGUAGCGGCGGCGGUAGCCCCCCGCCGCCAGCGUCGCCCGUUCUGUCCUCCGCGGCGGCCGCUUCCCUGGCCUUGAUGGCUGCGGACGACAAAGCGAUCGUCUUCGACUUCAAGACGAUGGCUGGCGGCCACCUGCAGGUGCUGCAUACGGACACGAACAUGAAGAAGGAUGAUUCGAAGUCGGAACUUGACUUUGCAAACAGCAGCGAGUACGAGUGGAGGCACAGGCCGCCCCCAAGGGGCGUCAGCAACCCCGAGGACUACGCGCUGUGCCAGAGGUUCCUGGAGCUGGGCUGGUGCACGCUGGGGCCCCAGUGCGACUGCGCGCAUUCGGAGGCCGAGCUGGGCGAGUGGAGGCGGCGGCACGCCAUCCGUGCCGGCGCGCGCGGCGAUGGUGGCGCCGGCGGCGGCGGCGAGAUGCCGUGCGGGGGGCAGGAGGCGGCGCUCGGAUACUCGGAGAGCCUCAUCGAGCGCUGGAUGACGGCGCCCAAUCCCGAGGCGGUGCUGAGCGAGUUUGUGGACGGGGUGGACGUGAGCCACUCGCAGGACCUGACGCUUGCUGUGAGCAGCAAGAGAUUCAGCGCCACCUGGGAGUUCGCGCUCGCGUGCAAGCCGCCGCGCUCCCUGCAGCGCGUGGUGCUGCUCUACGACUCGCACCGCCCGCACUUCCACGUCGCCUCCGUGGUGCCGCGCGACGACUCCGGCUCAGACGCCGCCCCCCCGGGCGACUCUGGCCGCCCUCCGACCCCGUGCGGCGGCGGCGACGACGCCGACUCGUCCGCCGCCCUCCACCGGCCCCCCAGCGGCCCCUCCGAGGCCUCGCAGGGCCCGGGGCGGCGACCGGACAGGGCGGCCGACGGCGUCGCGUCCGGAGCGGCGGGAGGCAGGCAGGAGUGGGCGGCGGGCGACGGCGAUGACGGAGGAGGAGGAGGAGCGAGGGGAGCGUACCGCGUGAGCGUGGAGUUCUCCACGGAUGUGUACGGCACGUUCCGCCAGACGGUGGUGUUCGACUUUGGCUGCUGGCCCGUGCUGGCGCGCAGCCUCACUGUGCACACGGCCGACACGCUGGUGCCGAGCGCCGAGGAAGACCUGCAGCUGCUGUCGUGCGACUGGUGGGACGCCGGCAACCCGUCGGUGACCAUCGUGGAGUUCGGCGUGCCCGUCGGGGUGCCCGCCGCGUUGAUCCCCGCCGCGGGCUCCGCCGAGGAGGAGGGCGGCGUGCCGGGCCCCACCCAGCUGUACCGCGUGCCGGAGCUGCCGCUCGGCCUCUUCUCCAGCCCGGCGCUGCAGCGGCCGCUGCGCGCCGAGAACUACCGCCGGCGCUUCCACGACCUGCUCUACAUCGAGGAGCUGGCGCAGUACAAGGAGAUCAGCCGGUUCAACAUCCGCGCCGACCUGCAGCUGGUGCGCAGCUACAUGCUCACGGGCACCUCGGGCGGCGCCAAGUUUGCGCAGGGCGGCGAGCUCUUCGCCCGCUUCCGCCUGGGCCGCAGCCUGUCGGAGGACACGGCGCACGGCCGCCUGCUCACCACCAGCGUGGGCACCGUGCUCCUGAGGCCCGUGUCGGUGGCGCGGCCCGGCGCCGCCGGCGCCACCGCCGCCAUCGCCACGGACACGACGGAGGACCACGACGCGGCCGCUCGGCGGCUGAGCGAGGACGGCUCGCUGGAGAUUGAGGAGGUCGUCCGGCACCAUCACCACCUGCAGCAGCAGCAUCUGCUGCAGCUGCAGCAGCAGCAGCAGCAGCAGAGGCAGCAGAUGAACGACAGGGGCUGGCUGGAGAAGGCGGCGGCGGUGCCGGCGAUGGUGCCGGCGAUGGUGGAGGAUGAGGAGAGCAGGCGGGCGAGGCGCUUGGGGCUCAAGGUGUACCAGGCGAUGAUCGAGGAGAAGACCAAGGAAUACGUGUUCCUGCGCAUCUCGCGCCAGUGCUGCCAGGAGCUGGGGCUGCGCGCCGACCAGCAGAUCAAGGUGGAGCUGCAGUUCCAGCUGAACCGGCUGCCGCUGUGCGAGAUGCACUACGCCGUGGAUCGCAUCCCGGAGCCCGCUCUGCUCUUCCCCGUCGUCGCCACCCCGCCUGUCAUCCCCUGGGGCCCACACAGGCAGUGGGACGACCAGCUGGACCCGCGUCUCAACGCCAAGCAGAAGGAGGCCGUCCUGGCGGCGACGUCGCCGCUCGCCGUGCCCCUGCCGCCCGUGCUGCUGCUGGGCCCCUACGGCACGGGCAAGACGUUCGCGCUGGCGCAGGCCACCAAGCAGGCGCUCAGGCAGCAGCACACGCGGAUACUCAUCUGCACGCAUUCCAACAGCGCGGCCGACCUGUACAUCAAGGACUACCUCCACCCGCACGUCGAGAGUGGUAAUCCCGAGGCCAGACCGCUCAGGGUGUACUACCGUCACCGCUGGGUGAAGAGCGUGCACCCGGUGGUGCAGCAGUACUGCCUCAUGUCGCCCUCGCGCUCCGAGUUCCUGCCGCCCGUGCAGGAGGACGUCCUCAAGAGCCGCGUGGUCGUCACCACGCUCAGCACGUCACGCACGCUGUGCCAGCUCAACCUGCCCGCGGGCUUCUUCACGCACAUCCUCAUCGACGAGGCGGCGCAGGCGAUGGAAUGCGAGACCAUCAUGGCGCUCGCCCUCGCCACGUGCGACACGCGCAUCGUGCUCGCCGGGGACCACAUGCAACUGUCCCCGGUGGUGCACAGCCGGUUUGCGCGCAAGAAGGGGCUCCACCUGUCGCUGCUGGAGCGCCUCUACGAGCUCUACCCGCCGGCCUUCCCGUGCCGCGUGCUGCUCUGCGAGAACUACCGCUCGCACACCGACAUCGUCAGCCUCACGUCGGAGCUGUUCUACGAGGGGAAGCUGGCGGCCAGCGGGCGUCAGCCGGCGCACGGCGAGCUGCAGCCGCUGGCGUUCUACACGGCGCGCGGGGAGGCGGUGCAGGACAAGAACAGCACCGCCUUCUACAACAACGCCGAGGUGUUUGAGCUGGUGGAGCGCGUGGAGGAGGUGUGCCGCAAGUGGCCCGUGGCGUGGGGGAAGCUGGGCGAGGGCAGCGUGGGGGUCGUGACCCCGUACGCUGACCAGGUGUUCCGCAUCCGCUCGCAGCUGCGCAAGAAGCGGCUGUACGACGUCAGCGUCGAGCGCGUCCUCAACGUGCAAGGCAAGCAGUUCCGCGUGCUCUUCCUGAGCACGGUACGCACGCGGCACACGCGGCGCCACGGCACGGACACCGGCUCCGUCGCCGUCGCGCCGGCGCUCGCCGUCACGGCGACGGGGGAGGGCGCCGCCGCUUCCGCCGAGCAGUGCCGGGACCCGCUGGACGACCUGGACCUGGGCUUCCUGUCCGACCCCAAGCUGCUCAACACGGCCAUCACGCGGGCACAGUCGCUCCUCGCCGUCGUGGGCGACCCCGUGGCGCUCUGCUCGCUCGGGAAGUGCAGGAAGCUGUGGGAGCGCUUCAUCGGCGCGUGCCACGACAGCGGCAGCCUGCAGGGCACCACGCUGGAGCAGAUCCGCGCGGAGCUGGACGGCGUGGAGCUCAAGAAGUCGUACGUGCUCAACCCGCUCGCGCCCGAGUUCGUGCCGCGGGCGCUGCGGGCCGCCGCCGCCGCCGCGGCCGCCACUUACUUCCCCUCCUCGCCCUCCGCCGGGAGG